ACGCUGAGCCGCGUCUCUGCCCGUGGCUCGUGCGUCGUCGUCGUACUCCGUCACCGUACACGCGCGACACGUUACAUUUGUCGGCCGCGAGAUAACGAGAUAAUACUGCACGCGCACACACACACACACACACACACACACACACACACACACACGCGCUCACACAUAUAAUAUUAUAUCGGCGAGAUAACUGCCGUCGGUGGUGUGCUGCUGGCGGUGGCCGCGGUGGUGGUGCAGUAUACGCGGAAACGGCACAGUCGUUGCCGUCCGUCGCGGUGCACUACGUAGCGCCGCGCGAAGGUACACGCAUACUGUAAAAUAUACAUCGCGCACACACGCGCCCGCGCGCGCUCGCACGGUUACACGGCACACACAUUUCGUGCGUCGCGUUUCUCCUCCGUCUACACAGUACGAUCGUUGCAGUCAGUCGUCGUCCGACGUGUGUGCGGCGUGUUCCGUCCGGAGCAACAUUUAAUGCCCGUGUACAAUAAAUAAUAAUAUAUUAUAUUUUUUUUAAGAACAUAACCGACAAGACAUGAUAUUAUAUUGUACAAUACAAUAUCCAUAAUAUUGUAUUAAAGUACAUUUUUAUUUUUUUUUCGUCGUUCGUCGAACGCGUGUGCGAACCCAUGGCGAACUGAACUCGCCGGCGAUUUUGUGUUCCCCCCCGUUUCGUGUACCGGUCUGUCCGGUUAACCGCUGUCCCGGUGCCAGAGAAUUUAGACGAAAUAUUAUUAUUAUGAUAGUGUGGUAAACGGCGGUGCGCGAGUGUUGCUGUUACCGCUGGUGUUGCCUGUUGUUAUUGUUGCUGUGCAACGUGCGACGUAUACGCGCGACCGACGACAUGAAGAAGUUCACGUUCAAAGGUGUUUUGGACGGCAUACGGUCCUCGGUGGCGCCCCAGAUCAAACCCGAUCAGGAUAUCGUCGAGACGCUCCGGCCCGAAUACUUCCAAGUGGCCAAGACGUUUCGUCAUGGUUUUCCGUACCAGCCGACUGCUCUUGCAUUUGACCCCAUACAACGAUUGUUGGCCAUUGGUACUAAAAAUGGAUCUUUGCGAAUAAUUGGAAGGCCUGGAGUGGAUGCACAAGUUAGACAUGAAUUAGAGGCGGCCGUUGUUCAGGUGGAGUUUUUGAUGAACGAAGGAGCGUUAAUCACGGUAACCGCUGACGAUAGUUUACACCUGUGGAAUUUCAGACAAAAAAGAGCUGACGUUGUUCACAGUUUAAAAUUUCAACGAGAAAGAAUCACAGUUAUACACCUUCCACUCCGUAGCAAGUGGCUGUACGUGGGUUCCGAAAGGGGAAAUGUACAUUUCGUUAACGUCGAGACGUUUACCCUUUCUGGCUACAUAAUAAACUGGAAUAAAGCUAUUGAAGUGACCAGACCUACCCAUCCAGGACCCAUCGUGCACCUUAGCGAUAAUCCUGCAGAUUCCAGCAAGUUACUUAUUGGCUUCGAGACUGGCCUAAUGGUAUUGUGGGACCUGAAGACAAAGAAACCCGAAUGCCGCUGGCAAUGGGGUGAUUCGCUCAAGUCUAUAGAUUGGCAUUUUGAAGGGAAACAGUUUACGUGCAGUCACAAUGAUGGCAGUCUAACUACGUGGAAUGUCAAACCGUCUUCAAAACCAGCAAAUAUAAUUUAUCCUCAUGCAAAAAAUAAAACUGAUUCAUGCAAGCCAAUUCAAAAAGUUGAAUGGAAAUCAUCAAAAUCUGGCGAAUCGUAUUUGAUAUUUUCCGGAGGGUUGACCGCCGAUACUGCUGGCCGCGUGCCCAGCAUAACGAUCAUGCACGGAAAAACGACUACCGUUCUUGAAAUGGACCACAACAUCGUCGACUUCGUUACGCUGUGCGAAAGUCCUUACAACAGCGAUGUUCAAGAACCGUACGCCGUAGCGGUGCUCAUGCAAAACGACCUGGUGCUGAUCGAUCUCCUUAGUUCGGGAUACCCGUGUUUCGAGAACCCACAUCCGAUGGACAUUCACGAGUCACCCGUUUCAUGCGUCCAUUACAUAGCUGAUUGUCCAUCGGACCUGAUACCGGCAUUCUAUUCGGUAGGCUCGAGAUCCGCAUCCAAACGGACAGGCUACAGCGAGAAUAAGUGGCCCAUUGCUGGCGGAGAGUGGAGCCCAACAUCCUGCAGCUACAACGAGAUUAUUCUCACCGGACACACGGACGGUAGCGUUCGGUUUUGGGAUGCAAGUGCGGGCAGUCUACAAAUAUUGUACAAACUAAAAACUGCCAAAGUGUUCGAAAAGGCGAGGUCAAAAUCACCAGAAGGUGGUGAUGAAGAUCAAUUUUCUGUGCAAUUGUUGUCAUUCUGUCCGGAGAGCAGAAAAUUAGCCGUUGCCGGCAUUUCGUCUUACGUCGUGCUAUUCAAAUUCCGCAAACUUGAGUCCACGUUCGAAACUACGACGCUCGAGAUACCGAUAUACUCGGAGAGUCUGGACGAGGCCACCGAGAGCUCACCGGAAGAAGCGCCAUCGAAACCGUCAGGCGCAUCCGACGAUAGUUCUGCGCUAGUUAAGGUCCGGGCCGGGCCUCAAAAGAAACCACCCGGCUUCCAGGCAUGUCUGGCGUGCGUCACGCCUUCCACCAACGGCGAACCACCCGGUCAGAUUACCGCCCUCACAGUUAAUUCAUCGUAUGGACUGCUCGCCUACGGUUUGGAUAAUGGUAUUGUGAUAGUAGACUUUAUACAAAAAUGUGUUCUCCUAAAUAUCAGCACUGCCGACAUGUACGGCAGUGCGGACCCGUACCAAAGAGCUCCCAGGUCGCCGAAACGAACAACCGCUUUGAGCGAGACCAGCGACGGCGAACGAUGCCGAUCCCCCAGUAUCGAUCAGGGCCUCGAAGACGAAGCCGAGGAACUAGAAGAACUCAGCAAACUGGCCCUGAGCCCGGUGGGCGUGUACUCGACCCAGAUAUCACCGAAUCCCGUCAACUCGGAUUGGCCGGACGACACGACCGAGCGGGCGGAAGAGGCGCUCGUCCUGAUACCGACGGCCGCGCCGGAACCCGAGGAACCGGAAGAACCGCCCCCGCAGCAGCCGACGCCGCCGACGGUCGCAACGUCAUCGGAACCGGCCACCCCAGCGCCGAUCAAGGGGAACGGACGUCGGACCAGCCACUCGUGGCGAGGCCUGAAGAAACAGCUGAGUCGCGUCGAUCUGAGACUGAAGAACACGUUCAUCGCGACGCCAGCCAAGAGCAAGACGUCCACGUUCUACGGCAGCGGUGGCGGUGAACAACCACCGGAAACCGACGAAGUCGGAAACGUCGGCGUCGUCUCCGCGACCGCCACCACUGCUGCCGCCGGUCUGCCUCAAAUCAUAACCGAAACCGAUGGCCAAGAGCAGCGGCCGGACGGCGGUAGCGCGCAGUCGGCGGCCGGUGACCAGUCGGCCGCCUCGGCUGCGGCCACCAGGCCAACGGAACUCAAGCUGUUCGACCGCGACGGCAAGCCGAUUAAACCGCCGCGGUCGACCAAAGACCACCGUAAACGGACGUCUCUGGACAAGCAGAGCAACCUGACCACGGGGUCGUCGCGGGACGCCCGACUCUUGUCCGUGCCCAACAUCAAGUACAGCCAAAGGGACCUGAGACAUAACCGAUCGAACAACCAAGCGUUCAUCAACCUCAUUAAACGACUAAAUAAGUUGGACAGCUCGUUCUCUAGAUCACGGAGUUCUAGUAUGUCGAGCUUAGACAACAUCACCACGGAGUCGAUACAGUGUUUGACGUUUGGAGAUUCGUACACGAAGAAAUCCGAUCCGUCUAACUUCCCGACCCUCUGGAUAGGCACCAGCGUGGGGUCGGUGCUCACAAUAAUGAUCAAUCUACCACCUCCCGGAGAGCCUAGGACCACGCAGCCCGUAACCGUCGCCCCUUGUGGUACGAUGUUCAGACUGAAAGGCGGAGUGCUUACCAUGUCGUUCCUGGACUGCAACGGUGCAUUAAUACCUUACGCGUACGAAGCGUGGAGAGACGAGGGCCGAGACAAACAAAAAACGCCAACCAAAAACUCGAGCGGACUGAACCGCAUGUCACCUGCGCUAACGGGUAGCUCGGAAAGCGUGUCCAGCAAUCCCGGCGGUGGCGGUGGCGGCGUCGGCGGUUCAAGUGUCCCACAGAUCCAGCAGCAGUCGCAGGUGUCGUGCGACCGGCAGUUCGUGACCAUCGUUAGUGAGAAACAGGUCAGGGUGGUGGCCCUGCCGUCACAGAACUGCGUCUCCAAACAUGUGAUAUCCGACGCCGACUUCAUAGUCAAAUCCGAAGUAAUAUCCAUGAAAGAUAGUGUAUGCCUGGCAUGUUACAUAUCCAACGGCCACAUAAACAUCUAUAGUCUGCCGAGUCUCAAGGUGCUGGUGGACGUCGACUUCCUGGCACUAUCUGAUCUGAGUUUUCAGACCCAGAAACAGGGCAUAGUUGACCCAAUGUUAUCCAUAUGGGGCCAACAGAUGUUUGUCAAUGAAGACACUGACCAAAUUGCCAAGACGUUUUGCUUCAGUAAUCGGGGACAUGGAUUGUUUUUGAACACGCCUUCUGAGGUGCAGAGAUUUUCUGUUUCCACCGAAUUCUGCCAAAGUCUACCAGAAAUGAUGGGCGAACUUUUCCAACCACACGAGAUGCCCGAACCGCCUAAGCAAAGUUUCUUUAUAGGACUCUUUGGAGGUGGAUCUAGAUCCCUUGACCGCGAAGAACUAUUCGGUGAGUCUGCCAGCGGUAAAGCACCGAAACUCGUAGCAAAACUUGUACCCGGUCCGUCAGCCCAACUGGACGCACUGGGCAACCGAGCGAGCACGGCGGCCAGCGAAAUAUCGAGAGCCCAUCUAUUGGCUGUGGAACGUGGCGAAAAGCUCAGUAACCUAGAGGAUCGCACCGCCAGAAUGAUGAAUGAAGCCGAACAGUUUUCCUCCAAUGCCCGAGAGUUAAUGAUGAAGAACAAGGACAAACGAUGGUAUCAACUGUAAACCCAUCGAUUUUAUUUUGUCUCUCUCUUCGUUAGUAUAUAUAUAUAUAUAUAUAUAUAUAUAUAUAUAUAUACACAAUC